CUGGUUCUUCUUGUCAAUACAACAUGGCUGGAUUACAGGAGGGACACAGCUGCCGUUAUUAGGACGCGUUCAAGGGGAAAUGUCUGUCUGAUUGGCAUGUGACAUUAUCAAGGCAUCAAAGUUGAACGGUUUUCUCCUGUUUACUGCAGGGUUUGUCCUAUGAAGACAGAGUGAAGACAGAAUCAUGCAUAAGCUCACAAAGGCGACGCUGGCCCUUAACGGUGUUGGCCGGUGUUAUAUUGCAGAAAGGCAUUUAUCUGCUAUAAAAAACAUUAGCCGAGGGUUAGUGUGUUCAGAACAUGGGGAAGACUCUGGCAAGCGUGAGGUAUAUGAUGUUAUCAUAUCCGGGGGAGGAAUGGUUGGAUCUGCAAUGGCGUGUUCCCUGGGCAUGGAUCCCAACUUGGCGGGUAAGAAGAUUCUCCUGCUUGAAGCGGGGAAUAAGAAAGUGAUGGACAAGGUCCCAGACACCUAUAGCACCAGAGUCAGCUCCAUCAGCCCAGGCUCUGCCACCCUCCUCAGUGGUAUUGGAGCAUGGGAACACAUCACGAAGAUGAGAUGCAAGCCCUAUAAAAAGAUGCAGGUUUGGGAUGCCUGCUCUGAUGCCCUGAUCACAUUCGAUAAGGAAAACCUGCAGGACGAGAUGGCGUACAUCGUGGAGAACGACGUCGUUGUGGCUGCACUCACUAAACAGCUGGACAGCCUGUCCGAUAACGUGCAAGUUAAGUACAGGUCCAAGGUGGUGAAGUACGCGUGGCCCAUGCUCCACCAGGCAGCAGACUCCAUCCCAUGGGUCCAGGUCAUGUUGGCCAAUGGAGAGACAAUUCAAACCAAGCUGCUGAUUGGUGCAGAUGGACCAAACUCAAUGGUGAGGCAGGAAUUGGGGAUACCCACAGUCAAAUGGAAUUAUGACCAAUCUGCUGUGGUUGCUGUGCUGCACCUAUCAGAGCCCACGGAGAACAAUGUAGCAUGGCAGAGAUUCCUCCCAACAGGACCCAUUGCAAUGUUACCGCUGUCGGACACAGAGAGCUCUCUGGUGUGGUCGACCAGCCAUCGGCUCGCAGAGGAGCUGCUGGAGCUGGAUGAGGAGAGCUUUGUCGACGCUAUCAACUCUGCCUUCUGGAGUAAUGAGAACCAGUCAGAGCUGAUAGAGACAGCUGGCUCUCUGUUCCGCGGCGCCCUGUCAGCCAUCAUGCCGUCUGCAGGUUCACCUCGACAGCUUCCCCCAAGUGUGGCAGGGAUCGGCCCAAAGACCCGAGUCAUGUUUCCUCUGGGCAUGGGUCAUGCAUCAGAGUACAUCAGGCACCGGGUAGCUCUCAUUGGGGACGCAGCCCAUAGAGUCCAUCCUCUGGCUGGUCAGGGAGCCAACCUGGGCUUUGGAGAUGUAGCUUGUCUCACGCAGCUCCUGAGCCAGGCGGCCUUUAACGGGAAGGACCUGGGAGCGAUGCAGCAUCUGUUAGAAUAUGAAACUGAACGCCAGCGACACAAUCUGCCCAUGAUGGCCGCAAUCGACCUCAUGAAACGCCUUUAUUCCACUAACGUUGCUCCUGUUGUUCUCCUACGCACCUUUGGCCUGCAGGCCACCAACAUGCUCCCAGCGCUUAAAGAGCAGAUCAUGGCAUUUGCAAGCAAGUGAUGCAUCCAUCACGCGGUGGUCGUCGGUGGAUCUUGAGAGACUGUGCGCUGUAAAGGCUGUAAAAAUUGUGAAUGUAAAAAAAUAGUAAUAAAGAUAUAUUUUACUCUUUCA